UUCUAAAAGACAGCUUCUACUCAGCUGUCCGGCGUGUCCGGUCGUCUUCUUCUUCUUCUUCAUUCCUUCUCUACGCGUUUAUCUCUUACUUAAAAGCUUCGACUUUUACUCUCAGAUAACAAAAGUAUCGGAACCCAGAAGUUCUGAAGAAGAGAAGACAUGGAUUUGAACUUCAAUUUCGUCUUCAAGAUCUUAAUCGUGUUUACUGUACUUCCAUUCGCGAUCUCUCAAACCGAGGCUCCGCCGCCGGCAGCCGAUGCCUGCAACGGCGUCUUCGUGACUUACGCUUUCGAGGAAGGAUCCAAGAUCCCGCCCAGUGACCCUGCAAACCAGGCUUUCCGUUUCGAGUCGACGCUGACGGUGCUCAACAACGGCCGGGACGAGCUGAAAUCAUGGCGGGUCUUUGUUGGGUUUGCGCAUGAUGAGUUUUUGGUAUCUGCAUCGAAUGCGGUUCUCGCUGAUGGGACUAGUCUUCCGGCGAGUGUGGGAAACGGGACAGUUUUUGCUGGGUUCCCGAUGACUGACUUGAAGACGGCGAUUGAGACCGCGGGAGAUCUUACUCAGAUGCAGGUGCAGGUUAAGCUUGUGGGGACUCAGUUUGGAGUGAAACCACCGGCUGCGCCGUUGCCUUCGAAUAUUACACUUGCUAAUGAUGGAUUUGUUUGCCCUAGGGCUACUAAGCAAGGUACAAAUGAGCUACAAGUUUGCUGUACUAAGGACCCAAAGUUUAAAACAAAUAUAACAGUAGAUGAGGAGUUCCUGCCUCGCCAAAAUGGUGAUCUUACGAUCAUGUAUGAUGUGAUCAGAACAUUCGACUCAAACUACUGGUCGCAGGUUACAAUUGCAAACCAUAAUUCCCUCGGACGUCUUGAUAAUUGGCAGUUGAGCUUUGACUGGAUGAUGGAUGAAUUUAUUCAUACUAUGAAAGGGGCUUAUCCGUCUAUAGUUGAUUCAUCUGAUUGCUUAUUUGGCCCCCAAGGAACAUUUUACAGGGAUCUAGACUUUGCUAAUGUUUUGAAUUGUAAAAGAAGACCAACAAUAAUUGAUCUGCCUCCAACAAAGUUCAAUGACACGACGUUAGGGAUGAUUCCAUCAUGCUGUCGAAAUGGAACGAUCCUGCCUCCAACAAUGGAUCCGAGCAAGUCAACUUCAGCAUUCCAGAUGCAGGUUUUUAAGAUGCCACCAAACCUCAACCGCUCUGAUCUUUCCCCACCACAAAACUGGAAAAUAAGCGGCAGACUGAAUCCAGAUUAUAAAUGUGGCCCUCCAGUGCGUGUAAGCCCUAGCCAGUUUCCUGACCCUAGUGGCUUACCAUCAAAUACAACUGCAUUUGCUAGCUGGCAGGUGGUGUGCAAUAUUACGCAGCCGAAGGGAGCAAGUCCUAGAUGCUGUGUGUCAUUCUCUGCAUAUUUCAAUGAUUCUGUUGUCCCUUGCAGAACCUGCGCAUGUGGAUGCCCUACUACUAACACAGGUAGAACUUGUAGUACUACUGCUCCAGCUAUCCUUCUUCCAUCAGAGGCACUGCUUGUUCCAUUUGAGAAUCGGACUGCCAUGGCUCGGGCCUGGGCUGACAUUAAACAUCUAGCAGUACCAAAUCCAAUGCCUUGUGGAGAUAAUUGUGGUGUUAGUAUUAACUGGCAUUUGUUUACUGACUUCAACCGUGGAUGGAGUGCGAGGAUCACAGUUUUCAAUUGGGAUGAAACCGCUUUCCCUGAUUGGUUUGCUGCAGUUCAGCUGGAUAAGGCAGUACCUGGGUUUGAGAAAGCUUUCUCAUUCAAUGGAAGCACUCUGUCCAUUAAUGGUGUGAAUAACACUGUCUUCAUGCAGGGUCUUCCUGGGUUAAACUUUCUAGUGGGAGAAACUGAUGGAGCCAAUCCAAAGAAGGAUCCUCGGAUGCCUGGUAAACAGCAAUCGGUAAUCUCAUUCACGAAGAAAUUUACACCGGGAAUUAACGUGGCCGCUAGAGAUGGAUUUCCCACGAAAGUGUUCUUCAAUGGAGAGGAAUGCUCACUUCCUACCAUACUUCCAACAAGCAGCAGUGACAGAAAGGGAUCAGCUAUUAUCUUCUCAGUCCUCCUAGCAGUUCUGGCAUUUAUUCUGAUGCAGCAGCAAUAGCCCAUCGGAGGAAGAGAUUAUCGGUAACUCUUGUUAAUUUUUUCAUUCUUUCGAUUGGCUUGAUUGUUGACACAUACGAGGCUUCGUAUGCUACUACCCUCGGAAAGAGGCCGGAAAGAAACUCAAGAGUAUUAUGGUACUUCCAUUGAUGAGGCUUCCUCUAGUUGGGUCUGCAAUUUCUCAACAGUGAUGUAAUACUAAAUGUAGGAUCUGAGAUGAUACUGUGUAUACACUGAACAGGAUUGAUCUUUUUUUUUUGUCAUGUUUCUCAUGUCUUCCAUGUUUGUCUAAUAUCAUCAUAUACAGUAAUUUUUUAUAGU